AUGCCGUUGGGAAAGUUGGACCUUGUCGAAGAGGAGUACAUUGCCGAGAGUGGGGAGCACACGCCAGAAGGCUCCCGGCCACACGACAACGGCGAUUCUGUAGUGGGUACGUGGCGCAUUUGUGCCGAGCAAAAACGCCCGAAAAAUUGCAGAGAAUGGUGCAUCGGCGACGAACGGCAAGAAGACGGAACCGCGCGUGCCGGAUAUGCAGUUGGGAAGUGAGUGUGACGUGGCAAGACGAUUUUGCCGCGCUGAAUCCAUUUUUGAACUCAAAUUUUUUGAACAAAAAUCCACGUUUCAGAGUGUCGAUACGUUCGACUACACGACAACGUGAACUACGUGGCGGCGGCGUUGAUUCUGAGGAACGAGGGCGACGCGACAGAGGUUUUCUUUGAAACUUAUCGUGUCGAGACCCCCAAAACCGGCCCGCAUUCAGGUGCUUUUGAUCCAGGAGGCGAAGAAAAGUUGCCGUGGAAAGUGGUACAUGCCGGCCGGACGAGUCGAGGCCGGCGAGACGUUAGAGGUACGUUUUUUUGGGGGGAAAUACAGUGUGCUGAGCAGAGUUGAGCGGAAGAACUCAACGGAAGAACACGGAAGAAUUUUUUAUCUUUUUUAGAAAAUUUUUUCAUGAAAUGUGAUCAACUGACGAAAUGUAUAGCAAAGUGAACUGUGCUCAUAGAAAAAUAAUUGUAAAUUUAGCUUUUCAUACAAAAAAGUUAAGGGCUAACCGAAGACGGAAGGACAUUUUCACGCAACAACUCGAAUAACUUUUUUGUAUGAAUCGCUAAAUUUACAAUUAUUUUUCUAUGAGCAGAGUUUACUUUUCUAUACAUUUCGUCAGUUGAUCACAUUUCAUGAAAAAAUUUUCUAAAAAAGAUAAAAAUUAUUUUGUGUUCUUCCGCUCAACUCUGGUGCUGAGCCAUCCCGCCAAAACGAGCCAUAUUUUCUAGGAAUCCGUGAUUCGAGAAGUGAAAGAGGAGACCGGCUACUCGUGCGACGUCAUCGAACUAUUGUCGCUUCAAGUGCAGGGAUCCGGAUGGUAUCGGUACGCGUUCUACUGUAACAUCACAGGUACGUGUACGAGUUUCGACUGUCCUAGAAGUCCUUAGAACUAGAAGAACAAGGAUUUCCUGAAACCGUAAUUGCAGGAGGUGAUCUCAAAACGGUGGCCGAUCAAGAAUCACUCGCGGCUCAAUGGUAUCCGAUUAAAGAUGUCAAGGCGAACAAGUUGCAAUUGAGGUAGCCUCAUUUCUACGUCUUCCCACACAAUUGUCUGCCAUAUUUGCAGAGGCAAGGACUUCAUCCGCCUGAUCGACGAGGCCGUCACGUACCGUACUCACGGGCCCGUCGACGGCAUUCCACGUGUCGUUCCGAUCUGCCAGAAUGUCUCCGGCCUCUUUUUGGAGUUUAUGAUUGUCAAACAUUCCCGCGACGGGUGAGUUCGAUUCGAAUGUUCGUAACGUUCAAUCAGUUGUAUGUACACUUUUGCACUGUGCACUUUUGUUUCGGCGUGUCGGAUUCCUGAUUUCUGACCCAAAAAACCGGCCAAAAUAGUUCAGAUUGCGAACAGAAGUGCUGGUGCACAAGUCGAUCAAGGACGAAUCGUACUUGCGCGAAGAGGAGCAGCCGUUCCCGACCGUCGAAUUCGGAUUCGAGUACUUUUUCGCGAUGGUCGUCUCCAAGUGUUACCGGGUGAGCACUUUAUCGAGAAGUAUCGACUGAAACAAGAGAGAUGGUUGAAAAUCGCAAUUGAAAACCCACAAAACGCUGUUGUUCGUUCGUUUCAGCACCUGCUCGAGGAGGGCGCGAAUGUGGUGUUCACUCCGUCGCACGUCACGCGAAUAAAGUGCUCGCCGAAGCCGUUGGAAAGUCUGGCGCACGGGGUGUCGGUGCGAGUCUAUUGCCAGCACAAACAGUCCGCCACAAAGGCCGUCAUCAGGAGUCCGCGGUGAGCAUUUUUUGGGAAAUCUAAACAUUGAUUCAAUUUUUUUUGCAGUUACCACUGGAUUUCGGUCGAAUCGCCGGAAACGCGUCAACGAUUUCACAUGGACCAGAAACAGUUUCGGCCGUCGCUUCACAUGCUUUAA